AUGCAGAAAACAUCAUCAUCAUCAUCAUCAUCAUCAUCAUCAUCAUCAUCAUCAUCAUCAUCAUCAUCAUCAUCAUCAUCAUCAUCAUCAUCAUCAUCAUCAUCAUCAUCAUCAUCAUCAUCAUCAUCAUCAUCAUCAUCAUCAUCAUCAUCAUCAUCAUCAUCAUCAUCAUCAUCAUCAUCAUCAUCAUCAUCAUCAUCAUCAUCAUCAUCAUCAUCAUCAUCAUCAUCAUCAUCAUCAUCAUCAUCAUCAUCAUCAUCAUCAUCAUCAUCAUCAUCAUCAUCAUCAUCAUCAUCAUCAUCAUCAUCAUCAUCAUCAUCAUCAUCAUCAUCAUCAUCAUCAUCAUCAUCAUCAUCAUCAUCAUCAUCAUCAUCAUCAUCAUCAUCAUCAUCAUCAUCAUCAUCAUCAUCAUCAUCAUCAUCAUCAUCAUCAUCAUCAUCAUCAUCAUCAUCAUCAUCAUCAUCAUCAUCAUCAUCAUCAUCAUCAUCAUCAUCAUCAUCAUCAUCAUCAUCAUCAUCAUCAUCAUCAUCAUCAUCAUCAUCAUCAUCAUCAUCAUCAUCAUCAUCAUCAUCAUCAUCAUCAUCAUCAUCAUCAUCAUCAUCAUCAUCAUCAUCAUCAUCAUCAUCAUCAUCAUCAUCAUCAUCAUCAUCAUCAUCAUCAUCAUCAUCAUCAUCAUCAUCAUCAUCAUCAUCAUCAUCAUCAUCAUCAUCAUCAUCAUCAUCAUCAUCAUCAUCAUCAUCAUCAUCAUCAUCAUCAUCAUCAUCAUCAUCAUCAUCAUCAUCAUCAUCAUCAUCAUCAUCAUCAUCAUCAUCAUCAUCAUCAUCAUCAUCAUCAUCAUCAUCAUCAUCAUCAUCAUCAUCAUCAUCAUCAUCAUCAUCAUCAUCAUCAUCAUCAUCAUCAUCAUCAUCAUCAUCAUCAUCAUCAUCAUCAUCAUCAUCAUCAUCAUCAUCAUCAUCAUCAUCAUCAUCAUCAUCAUCAUCAUCAUCAUCAUCAUCAUCAUCAUCAUCAUCAUCAUCAUCAUCAUCAUCAUCAUCAUCAUCAUCAUCAUCAUCAUCAUCAUCAUCAUCAUCAUCAUCAUCAUCAUCAUCAUCAUCAUCAUCAUCAUCAUCAUCAUCAUCAUCAUCAUCAUCAUCAUCAUCAUCAUCAUCAUCAUCAUCAUCAUCAUCAUCAUCAUCAUCAUCAUCAUCAUCAUCAUCAUCAUCAUCAUCAUCAUCAUCAUCAUCAUCAUCAUCAUCAUCAUCAUCAUCAUCAUCAUCAUCAUCAUCAUCAUCAUCAUCAUCAUCAUCAUCAUCAUCAUCAUCAUCAUCAUCAUCAUCAUCAUCAUCAUCAUCAUCAUCAUCAUCAUCAUCAUCAUCAUCAUCAUCAUCAUCAUCAUCAUCAUCAUCAUCAUCAUCAUCAUCAUCAUCAUCAUCAUCAUCAUCAUCAUCAUCAUCAUCAUCAUCAUCAUCAUCAUCAUCAUCAUCAUCAUCAUCAUCAUCAUCAUCAUCAUCAUCAUCAUCAUCAUCAUCAUCAUCAUCAUCAUCAUCAUCAUCAUCAUCAUCAUCAUCAUCAUCAUCAUCAUCAUCAUCAUCAUCAUCAUCAUCAUCAUCAUCAUCAUCAUCAUCAUCAUCAUCAUCAUCAUCAUCAUCAUCAUCAUCAUCAUCAUCAUCAUCAUCAUCAUCAUCAUCAUCAUCAUCAUCAUCAUCAUCAUCAUCAUCAUCAUCAUCAUCAUCAUCAUCAUCAUCAUCAUCAUCAUCAUCAUCAUCAUCAUCAUCAUCAUCAUCAUCAUCAUCAUCAUCAUCAUCAUCAUCAUCAUCAUCAUCAUCAUCAUCAUCAUCAUCAUCAUCAUCAUCAUCAUCAUCAUCAUCAUCAUCAUCAUCAUCAUCAUCAUCAUCAUCAUCAUCAUCAUCAUCAUCAUCAUCAUCAUCAUCAUCAUCAUCAUCAUCAUCAUCAUCAUCAUCAUCAUCAUCAUCAUCAUCAUCAUCAUCAUCAUCAUCAUCAUCAUCAUCAUCAUCAUCAUCAUCAUCAUCAUCAUCAUCAUCAUCAUCAUCAUCAUCAUCAUCAUCAUCAUCAUCAUCAUCAUCAUCAUCAUCAUCAUCAUCAUCAUCAUCAUCAUCAUCAUCAUCAUCAUCAUCAUCAUCAUCAUCAUCAUCAUCAUCAUCAUCAUCAUCAUCAUCAUCAUCAUCAUCAUCAUCAUCAUCAUCAUCAUCAUCAUCAUCAUCAUCAUCAUCAUCAUCAUCAUCAUCAUCAUCAUCAUCAUCAUCAUCAUCAUCAUCAUCAUCAUCAUCAUCAUCAUCAUCAUCAUCAUCAUCAUCAUCAUCAUCAUCAUCAUCAUCAUCAUCAUCAUCAUCAUCAUCAUCAUCAUCAUCAUCAUCAUCAUCAUCAUCAUCAUCAUCAUCAUCAUCAUCAUCAUCAUCAUCAUCAUCAUCAUCAUCAUCAUCAUCAUCAUCAUCAUCAUCAUCAUCAUCAUCAUCAUCAUCAUCAUCAUCAUCAUCAUCAUCAUCAUCAUCAUCAUCAUCAUCAUCAUCAUCAUCAUCAUCAUCAUCAUCAUCAUCAUCAUCAUCAUCAUCAUCAUCAUCAUCAUCAUCAUCAUCAUCAUCAUCAUCAUCAUCAUCAUCAUCAUCAUCAUCAUCAUCAUCAUCAUCAUCAUCAUCAUCAUCAUCAUCAUCAUCAUCAUCAUCAUCAUCAUCAUCAUCAUCAUCAUCAUCAUCAUCAUCAUCAUCAUCAUCAUCAUCAUCAUCAUCAUCAUCAUCAUCAUCAUCAUCAUCAUCAUCAUCAUCAUCAUCAUCAUCAUCAUCAUCAUCAUCAUCAUCAUCAUCAUCAUCAUCAUCAUCAUCAUCAUCAUCAUCAUCAUCAUCAUCAUCAUCAUCAUCAUCAUCAUCAUCAUCAUCAUCAUCAUCAUCAUCAUCAUCAUCAUCAUCAUCAUCAUCAUCAUCAUCAUCAUCAUCAUCAUCAUCAUCAUCAUCAUCAUCAUCAUCAUCAUCAUCAUCAUCAUCAUCAUCAUCAUCAUCAUCAUCAUCAUCAUCAUCAUCAUCAUCAUCAUCAUCAUCAUCAUCAUCAUCAUCAUCAUCAUCAUCAUCAUCAUCAUCAUCAUCAUCAUCAUCAUCAUCAUCAUCAUCAUCAUCAUCAUCAUCAUCAUCAUCAUCAUCAUCAUCAUCAUCAUCAUCAUCAUCAUCAUCAUCAUCAUCAUCAUCAUCAUCAUCAUCAUCAUCAUCAUCAUCAUCAUCAUCAUCAUCAUCAUCAUCAUCAUCAUCAUCAUCAUCAUCAUCAUCAUCAUCAUCAUCAUCAUCAUCAUCAUCAUCAUCAUCAUCAUCAUCAUCAUCAUCAUCAUCAUCAUCAUCAUCAUCAUCAUCAUCAUCAUCAUCAUCAUCAUCAUCAUCAUCAUCAUCAUCAUCAUCAUCAUCAUCAUCAUCAUCAUCAUCAUCAUCAUCAUCAUCAUCAUCAUCAUCAUCAUCAUCAUCAUCAUCAUCAUCAUCAUCAUCAUCAUCAUCAUCAUCAUCAUCAUCAUCAUCAUCAUCAUCAUCAUCAUCAUCAUCAUCAUCAUCAUCAUCAUCAUCAUCAUCAUCAUCAUCAUCAUCAUCAUCAUCAUCAUCAUCAUCAUCAUCAUCAUCAUCAUCAUCAUCAUCAUCAUCAUCAUCAUCAUCAUCAUCAUCAUCAUCAUCAUCAUCAUCAUCAUCAUCAUCAUCAUCAUCAUCAUCAUCAUCAUCAUCAUCAUCAUCAUCAUCAUCAUCAUCAUCAUCAUCAUCAUCAUCAUCAUCAUCAUCAUCAUCAUCAUCAUCAUCAUCAUCAUCAUCAUCAUCAUCAUCAUCAUCAUCAUCAUCAUCAUCAUCAUCAUCAUCAUCAUCAUCAUCAUCAUCAUCAUCAUCAUCAUCAUCAUCAUCAUCAUCAUCAUCAUCAUCAUCAUCAUCAUCAUCAUCAUCAUCAUCAUCAUCAUCAUCAUCAUCAUCAUCAUCAUCAUCAUCAUCAUCAUCAUCAUCAUCAUCAUCAUCAUCAUCAUCAUCAUCAUCAUCAUCAUCAUCAUCAUCAUCAUCAUCAUCAUCAUCAUCAUCAUCAUCAUCAUCAUCAUCAUCAUCAUCAUCAUCAUCAUCAUCAUCAUCAUCAUCAUCAUCAUCAUCAUCAUCAUCAUCAUCAUCAUCAUCAUCAUCAUCAUCAUCAUCAUCAUCAUCAUCAUCAUCAUCAUCAUCAUCAUCAUCAUCAUCAUCAUCAUCAUCAUCAUCAUCAUCAUCAUCAUCAUCAUCAUCAUCAUCAUCAUCAUCAUCAUCAUCAUCAUCAUCAUCAUCAUCAUCAUCAUCAUCAUCAUCAUCAUCAUCAUCAUCAUCAUCAUCAUCAUCAUCAUCAUCAUCAUCAUCAUCAUCAUCAUCAUCAUCAUCAUCAUCAUCAUCAUCAUCAUCAUCAUCAUCAUCAUCAUCAUCAUCAUCAUCAUCAUCAUCAUCAUCAUCAUCAUCAUCAUCAUCAUCAUCAUCAUCAUCAUCAUCAUCAUCAUCAUCAUCAUCAUCAUCAUCAUCAUCAUCAUCAUCAUCAUCAUCAUCAUCAUCAUCAUCAUCAUCAUCAUCAUCAUCAUCAUCAUCAUCAUCAUCAUCAUCAUCAUCAUCAUCAUCAUCAUCAUCAUCAUCAUCAUCAUCAUCAUCAUCAUCAUCAUCAUCAUCAUCAUCAUCAUCAUCAUCAUCAUCAUCAUCAUCAUCAUCAUCAUCAUCAUCAUCAUCAUCAUCAUCAUCAUCAUCAUCAUCAUCAUCAUCAUCAUCAUCAUCAUCAUCAUCAUCAUCAUCAUCAUCAUCAUCAUCAUCAUCAUCAUCAUCAUCAUCAUCAUCAUCAUCAUCAUCAUCAUCAUCAUCAUCAUCAUCAUCAUCAUCAUCAUCAUCAUCAUCAUCAUCAUCAUCAUCAUCAUCAUCAUCAUCAUCAUCAUCAUCAUCAUCAUCAUCAUCAUCAUCAUCAUCAUCAUCAUCAUCAUCAUCAUCAUCAUCAUCAUCAUCAUCAUCAUCAUCAUCAUCAUCAUCAUCAUCAUCAUCAUCAUCAUCAUCAUCAUCAUCAUCAUCAUCAUCAUCAUCAUCAUCAUCAUCAUCAUCAUCAUCAUCAUCAUCAUCAUCAUCAUCAUCAUCAUCAUCAUCAUCAUCAUCAUCAUCAUCAUCAUCAUCAUCAUCAUCAUCAUCAUCAUCAUCAUCAUCAUCAUCAUCAUCAUCAUCAUCAUCAUCAUCAUCAUCAUCAUCAUCAUCAUCAUCAUCAUCAUCAUCAUCAUCAUCAUCAUCAUCAUCAUCAUCAUCAUCAUCAUCAUCAUCAUCAUCAUCAUCAUCAUCAUCAUCAUCAUCAUCAUCAUCAUCAUCAUCAUCAUCAUCAUCAUCAUCAUCAUCAUCAUCAUCAUCAUCAUCAUCAUCAUCAUCAUCAUCAUCAUCAUCAUCAUCAUCAUCAUCAUCAUCAUCAUCAUCAUCAUCAUCAUCAUCAUCAUCAUCAUCAUCAUCAUCAUCAUCAUCAUCAUCAUCAUCAUCAUCAUCAUCAUCAUCAUCAUCAUCAUCAUCAUCAUCAUCAUCAUCAUCAUCAUCAUCAUCAUCAUCAUCAUCAUCAUCAUCAUCAUCAUCAUCAUCAUCAUCAUCAUCAUCAUCAUCAUCAUCAUCAUCAUCAUCAUCAUCAUCAUCAUCAUCAUCAUCAUCAUCAUCAUCAUCAUCAUCAUCAUCAUCAUCAUCAUCAUCAUCAUCAUCAUCAUCAUCAUCAUCAUCAUCAUCAUCAUCAUCAUCAUCAUCAUCAUCAUCAUCAUCAUCAUCAUCAUCAUCAUCAUCAUCAUCAUCAUCAUCAUCAUCAUCAUCAUCAUCAUCAUCAUCAUCAUCAUCAUCAUCAUCAUCAUCAUCAUCAUCAUCAUCAUCAUCAUCAUCAUCAUCAUCAUCAUCAUCAUCAUCAUCAUCAUCAUCAUCAUCAUCAUCAUCAUCAUCAUCAUCAUCAUCAUCAUCAUCAUCAUCAUCAUCAUCAUCAUCAUCAUCAUCAUCAUCAUCAUCAUCAUCAUCAUCAUCAUCAUCAUCAUCAUCAUCAUCAUCAUCAUCAUCAUCAUCAUCAUCAUCAUCAUCAUCAUCAUCAUCAUCAUCAUCAUCAUCAUCAUCAUCAUCAUCAUCAUCAUCAUCAUCAUCAUCAUCAUCAUCAUCAUCAUCAUCAUCAUCAUCAUCAUCAUCAUCAUCAUCAUCAUCAUCAUCAUCAUCAUCAUCAUCAUCAUCAUCAUCAUCAUCAUCAUCAUCAUCAUCAUCAUCAUCAUCAUCAUCAUCAUCAUCAUCAUCAUCAUCAUCAUCAUCAUCAUCAUCAUCAUCAUCAUCAUCAUCAUCAUCAUCAUCAUCAUCAUCAUCAUCAUCAUCAUCAUCAUCAUCAUCAUCAUCAUCAUCAUCAUCAUCAUCAUCAUCAUCAUCAUCAUCAUCAUCAUCAUCAUCAUCAUCAUCAUCAUCAUCAUCAUCAUCAUCAUCAUCAUCAUCAUCAUCAUCAUCAUCAUCAUCAUCAUCAUCAUCAUCAUCAUCAUCAUCAUCAUCAUCAUCAUCAUCAUCAUCAUCAUCAUCAUCAUCAUCAUCAUCAUCAUCAUCAUCAUCAUCAUCAUCAUCAUCAUCAUCAUCAUCAUCAUCAUCAUCAUCAUCAUCAUCAUCAUCAUCAUCAUCAUCAUCAUCAUCAUCAUCAUCAUCAUCAUCAUCAUCAUCAUCAUCAUCAUCAUCAUCAUCAUCAUCAUCAUCAUCAUCAUCAUCAUCAUCAUCAUCAUCAUCAUCAUCAUCAUCAUCAUCAUCAUCAUCAUCAUCAUCAUCAUCAUCAUCAUCAUCAUCAUCAUCAUCAUCAUCAUCAUCAUCAUCAUCAUCAUCAUCAUCAUCAUCAUCAUCAUCAUCAUCAUCAUCAUCAUCAUCAUCAUCAUCAUCAUCAUCAUCAUCAUCAUCAUCAUCAUCAUCAUCAUCAUCAUCAUCAUCAUCAUCAUCAUCAUCAUCAUCAUCAUCAUCAUCAUCAUCAUCAUCAUCAUCAUCAUCAUCAUCAUCAUCAUCAUCAUCAUCAUCAUCAUCAUCAUCAUCAUCAUCAUCAUCAUCAUCAUCAUCAUCAUCAUCAUCAUCAUCAUCAUCAUCAUCAUCAUCAUCAUCAUCAUCAUCAUCAUCAUCAUCAUCAUCAUCAUCAUCAUCAUCAUCAUCAUCAUCAUCAUCAUCAUCAUCAUCAUCAUCAUCAUCAUCAUCAUCAUCAUCAUCAUCAUCAUCAUCAUCAUCAUCAUCAUCAUCAUCAUCAUCAUCAUCAUCAUCAUCAUCAUCAUCAUCAUCAUCAUCAUCAUCAUCAUCAUCAUCAUCAUCAUCAUCAUCAUCAUCAUCAUCAUCAUCAUCAUCAUCAUCAUCAUCAUCAUCAUCAUCAUCAUCAUCAUCAUCAUCAUCAUCAUCAUCAUCAUCAUCAUCAUCAUCAUCAUCAUCAUCAUCAUCAUCAUCAUCAUCAUCAUCAUCAUCAUCAUCAUCAUCAUCAUCAUCAUCAUCAUCAUCAUCAUCAUCAUCAUCAUCAUCAUCAUCAUCAUCAUCAUCAUCAUCAUCAUCAUCAUCAUCAUCAUCAUCAUCAUCAUCAUCAUCAUCAUCAUCAUCAUCAUCAUCAUCAUCAUCAUCAUCAUCAUCAUCAUCAUCAUCAUCAUCAUCAUCAUCAUCAUCAUCAUCAUCAUCAUCAUCAUCAUCAUCAUCAUCAUCAUCAUCAUCAUCAUCAUCAUCAUCAUCAUCAUCAUCAUCAUCAUCAUCAUCAUCAUCAUCAUCAUCAUCAUCAUCAUCAUCAUCAUCAUCAUCAUCAUCAUCAUCAUCAUCAUCAUCAUCAUCAUCAUCAUCAUCAUCAUCAUCAUCAUCAUCAUCAUCAUCAUCAUCAUCAUCAUCAUCAUCAUCAUCAUCAUCAUCAUCAUCAUCAUCAUCAUCAUCAUCAUCAUCAUCAUCAUCAUCAUCAUUCCAAUCAAUACCUGAACUACCUAAUUUCGAAUGA